AUGGGAUCCACCGCCCCAACCAAAGCCGAGCUCAACGGCUCCAAUUUCAAGAUCACCCGAACCACCAGCCCCCGCAAGGUCCCGGAGCCCGGCUCAGCCGAGGAACUGAGCCACUCGCACUGCACCGACCACAUGGUCACGGUGCGGUGGACGGCCGCCCAGGGUUGGGAGACGCCCGAGGUCAAGCCGUACGAGAACCUGAGCAUCCCGCCGACGGCGUCGUGUCUGCACUAUGCCACCGAGUGCUUCGAGGGCAUGAAGGUGUACCGCGGGUACGAUGGUAAGCUGCGCCUGUUUCGGCCCGACUGCAAUGGCGAGCGGCUGAAUACCAGUGCGCAGCGGUCGUCGUUGCCUGGGUUCAAGUUUGAGGAGUUGAAGAAGCUUGUGGCGAAGUUGCUGCAGAUUGAUGGACCGCGCUGGCUCCCCAAAUCCCGUCCCGGCUCCUUCCUCUACAUCCGCCCAACAAUCAUCGGCAGCGGCCCACACCUCGGCGUACAAAUCCCCAAAGAAGCUCUCCUCUUCAUCAUCGCCGUCCCCUGGCCCGAUUUCACCAAACUCAAGCAAGACCAAAACGACGACUCGUCCGCCCCCGCACCCAAGGGCCUGAAACUCUUCGCCUCAACCCCGGACGCCAUCCGCGCCUGGCCCGGCGGCUUCGGCUGGGCCAAGCUCGGCGCCAACUAUGGCCCAUCCCUGCAGGCGCACGGCAAGGCGCAGGCCAUGGGCUUCGACCAGAUCCUGUGGCUGUUCGGCGAGGAUCGGCAGGUGACUGAGGCCGGGGCUAGCAAUUUCUUCGUGGUGUGGCGCAAUGCGCAGUCGAAUCAGCUCGAGCUUGUCACGGCGCCGUUGGAGAGUCAGCUUAUUCUGCCGGGCGUGACGCGGCGCAGUGUGUUGGAGCUUGUUCGGGAGAGGUUUUCUACGGAGAAACAGCAGGCUGAGGGCUCGUCGCUUGCGCCGUUGCAGGUUGUGGAGCGCCCGUUGACUAUUCAUGAGAUUGAGACGGCGUCGAGGGAGGAGCGGCUUGUCGAGGCUUUUGUGUCGGGGACUGCUUACUUCAUCACCCCCGUCGCUAUGAUCCGCAACAACGACCUCGAUAUCAGCACCCUCGGCCAGGGUGGCAAGCCUGCGGGCUAUGCUGCCCAGAUCAAGUCUUGGCUCGAGGCUAUUAUGUAUGGCAAGGAAGAGCACGACUGGAGCUAUGUCAUCGAGGAAGAGAAAUAG